AUGUAUCAGCACCAAGAUCAAGCUCAACAUCAUCAUUACCAGCUGUACAAUUCAUACAAUCCAUCCAUCGAGGAUUUGAUAGCCUCGUCAGAUGAGAAACGGUAUCAAAAUGGCGGUGUUGGUAAUCUGUUACAAAGACCUCCAGUAGCAGGUUUACCGUAUGUUUCAUCACAGGUUAACCCAAACACUUCGUCUGCCAAUUUAUCCAAGCUAACAAACAACGUUAACAAUUAUGGGUACAGCAACAACAACAACAACAAUUACAUUCAAUUACACACACCGCCAUUAUCUUCAAAUCCAUCCUUCACUUCAUUCCAGAAUUUGAACUAUCCAUUAUCACCACUCAGCAAGCCAACAUCACCAGAACCUAUACUAUCAGCCGCAUCAGUAACCACGAGCAAAUUCUUAGCAUCGUCUUUUUUUAGUUGGUUCCCUCCUAUUAACGUUAGGAUUGUAUCAUUUUGUAUUGGUUGGUAUUUAUGUUCCAUUGUUUCGUCAAAUUCAACAAAAUUGAUCUUGAAUGAUUUCAAGUUCCCUGUUACAUUGACUCAGUUUCAGUUUUCUGCAAGUUUCACUUUUUGUUUAGUAUUUCUCAACAUAGUCAAACUCAACCCAGACAGGAUUAGCAAUAAGUUACCUCCAGGGUUUAUACCGUCGAUGACUGAAACCAACAGAAUUAGCCUUACACAAUUUAUUACACCAACAAGAUUGAUUAUACAAACUACUUUGCCAAUGGGUAUGUUCCAAUUUAUUGGCCACAUAACAAGUCACAAGGCAACGUCAUUAAUCCCAGUAUCGAUAGUUCAUACAAUAAAAUCAUUAAGUCCAAUUAUCACUGUAUUAAUUUAUCGAUUCUUAUUUGGAAAAUCCUAUAGGAUGAGAACUUAUGUCACUUUAAUUCCAUUGUGUUGUGGGAUCAUGUUGACUUGUUAUAAAAAAAAUCAUACUAGUAAUCAAAACAAUGUACCAAGUACUGGAAGCAGUGUUAUUAAUAAUAGUCUUGAUAAUAUUAACCAUAAUAAUAAUUAUUCUACUGGAUUAAUAUUUGCAUUCAUUUCCAUGAUUAUUUUUGUCAGUCAAAACAUUUUUGCCAAAAAAAGAUUAACAGUUGAAUCUAGUAGUACUAUUCCAAUGAACACCAAGUCAACCCUGAGAAUCAAUUCAAACAAAGUCGAUAAAUUAACCAUUUUGUUUUAUUGUUCAAUAAUUGGUUUCGUGUUAACAUGUCCGAUUUAUUUUGUCACUGAAUGGAUGAACUAUAAUGCCUUUGGGGCAAUAUCACUUUUGCAGCUCAAUUCCUACGUGAUGAGCUUAGUGCUAUUAAAUGGAUUGAGUCAUUUUGUGCAAUCAUUGUUGGCAUUCCAAAUACUAGGAAUGGUUAGUCCUAUCAAUUAUUCCAUUGCCAAUAUUUUAAAGAGAAUAUUUAUUAUAUUGAUUUCAUUUAUUUGGGAACUGAAACAGUUCUCUAAUAGUCAAUCAGUAGGGUUAGUUAUUACUUUGUUUGGAUUAUACUGUUAUGAUAGAUGGGGCACGGUAUCCAACUCAAGCAGUGCCAGUAAUCCUGGAAACUAUUAA